AUGCCUAAUCAAAUAUUUACUCAUGAAUUUGAGAUUAUUGAAGCUGUGUGUGGUACAGUCAAAGAUUCUAAAAAAAUUGUGUGUUACUAUACCAACUGGUCGCAGUAUCGACCGUCGAUCGGGAAGUUUACUCCCGAUGAUAUCAACCCUUUUCUAUGUACUCAUAUCAUAUUUGCCUUUGGCUGGAUGAAAGACAACCAGUUGACAGCUCACGAUAGCUCUGAUGAAUCUCGAGAUGGGAAGAAAGGUCUUUACGAAAGAGUGACAGAUUUGAAGGAAGUAAAUCCAGCUCUGAAGGUGCUUCUGGCUGUUGGUGGCUGGUCGUUUGGCACUCAGAAAUUUAAAGCUGUGUCUUCUAAUAGUUUCAACCGAAAACGUUUCAUUUUCAGUGCUUUGAAAUACCUUCGUCAAAGGAACUUUGACGGUUUGGAACUGGAUUGGGAAUUUCCCAAUAACAAUGUAGACAAGCUAAACUUUCUAGAUCUACUGAAGGAAUUAAGAGAAACGUUCGAGGCCGAAGCUACAGAGCGCAAUCUACCAAAGCUGUUGUUGACUGCUGCUGUUUCUCCUGUCGUCGCAACUAUCAACAGUAGUUAUGACGUACCAACUAUGAUUAAAUACCUGGAUUUCGUGAAUAUAAUGACAUAUGAUUUUCACGGAAAGUGGGAGACUCAGACCGGACAUCACAGUCCUUUGUAUCCACAAAAUGACGAGGCUGAAUGGUCGAAACAGUUAUGUGUGGAUUUUUCAGCCAAGGUUUGGGAACAUUAUGGUGCCCCAAAAGACAAAAUUGUAGUCGGCAUGGUAACCUAUGGUCGCAGCUUUACACUUGCAGACCAAAACAACAACGGCUUAAAUGCCCCCACGGUUGGCGGAGGAAGUCCUGGAGAGUACACAAAGGAAGAGGGUUUUCUGGCUUACUAUGAGGUUUGCCAAAUGCUACAAAACGGCGCUACUUAUAUUUGGGAUGAAGAAAUGAAUGUUCCAUACGCUUUUCUCGGAGAUCAAUGGGUUGGUUUUGAUGAUGAAAGAAGUCUCAGACUAAAGAUGAUGUGGUUGAAGGAGAACAAUUAUGCUGGAGCCAUGAUUUGGGCUAUCGAUUUAGACGAUUUUAAAGGUUCUUGUAGUUCAUCCCCCUUUCCACUUACUAGUAUCAUAGCUGAGGAACUAUUGAACAAACCCACAAAGUCAUAUUUCUACAACUUUGAACAAGUCCUGCCUUCAGCUUCAGAAACUACGUUGUCUGAUGAAAAGGCUGCUGUUACCAACAAGACAGUUUCACAGAUCUUUGCAUUUAUGGAAGAGGAAGAACCAAAAGAUCUAGAGUCCAAUGCUCGAAUCAUUUGUGCUUUUACCAACUGGUCAACUGAGCGUCAAGGAAUUGCUAAAUUUACACCUAACUUAAUCGACCCAAACCUAUGUACACACAUUAUCUAUGCUUUUGCUGGGAUCAAAGACUUUCAGUUAACACCAUUUUAUGAAACAGAUAUAACACAUAGUUCAGAGAUUGAGCUGUACGACCAGGUUUUAGCACUCAAAGAGAAGAACGAGAAACUACGAGUGUUGCUGAGUGUUGGAGGUUGGAUAAUAGGCCCUGAACCUUUCAGAGAAGUGACAAAAAACUUGUACAGCAAAUCCCGGUUCAUCUACAGUACCAUCGAAUUUCUUCGCCUAUAUGGGUUUGACGGGUUGAACGUUGAUUGGGAGUUUCCUAGAGGCCUUCUAGAAAAAACAAGUUUUACUGAGCUUAUAAAGGACUUAAAAGAAGCUUUUGAAGGAGAAGCCAAAGCUUCUAAGAAACCACGUUUAUUACUCUCUGCCAGUGUACCUGGGAAUUUUGAAGCCAUCACUGCUGGAUAUGACGUGGAAGAACUUGAUAAAUAUUUAGACAUUUUCAACGUCAUGACGUACGACUUUCAUGGGGCCUGGGAACACGAAGUUGGUCACAACAGCCCUUUGUACUCAUUAAAGGGCAGAAGCAAAUAUUCAAGUAAACUUACAGUGGAUUAUGGAGCUACAGAAUGGGUGAAGAAAGGUGCCUCCAAGGAAAAAGUAAUUAUUGGCAUUCCAGCAUAUGGCCGUUCUUACACCCUACAGAAAGAGUCAUUGACUGACAUUGGUGCUCCAGUCGUUGGUGCUGGUAAACAAGGAAACUAUACCCGAGAAUCCGGUUUUAUGGCCUUUUAUGAGGUGUGUGAUUUUAUCAAAUCUGGAGCCACUCUUAUCUGGGACAAUGAACAGAUGGUGCCAUACGCAUAUAAAGGAAACCAGUGGGUUGGUUUUGACGACAUUAGAAGCGUUAAGACUAAGAUCCAGUGGCUGAAGCAAGCUGGAUUUGGUGGAGUGAUGAUCUGGUCCUUGGAUUUAGAUGAUUUCCUAGGUUCUUGCAUGGGACAUUCUUAUCCCCUCUUAAAGACAGUGAAAAAUGAACUGAGAGGGUAUAUGGUAGCCAACGUGGAAGUUUUGGAUAGUGGAAUUUAUAACCCUAUUGCUUGUGACGAAGAAGAUGGGAUCAUCUCUUACCAUCAAGACAAGGAAGAUUGUUCAAGGUUUCAUGUUUGCCACAAUCAGCAGCGUCAUCACAUGUCAUGCCCAGCGAAUCUGGUUUUCAACCCUGAUGUUAACCUUUGCGAUUGGCCGGGAAAUGUGGAAUCAUGUCUACUAAAGACAUGA